UACUUCCUCCCCCUCAUUCGGCUGCCGUCGCUCCUCGCUCCUCAACCGUCGUCCCCCGCCGAUCCCCAGUACUGCACUGCCGCCAGUCUUUGCUCUUCUUUUCUUUUCCUUUCCUUCGUUGGUCGGCCGUUGCCUUUUCAUAUAUUCUCUCCCCUACCUAACACCUGUGAUGCAACAGCCAUGUUCCUGCGUUAACCACGGGUACAGACAUCAUCGGGUUCCAGUCGCCAUGUCCCACACCGAGCGAGCGCACCAUUGACUUUCUGCCGCCAGAUUCUCAGUAGCUGAAGCUCUGACCCUUGCCGCUGCUGCACCUGAUUCUGGAGACUGGAGCUACAUACAGCACGUCGUCUCCACCACAACUCUCUCCCCCAGUCCGCACAACCCAAGCUUUCCCCAAGCACCCAACCCAGGUCUGUCCUGUCCCCCGGAAGCUACACCCCAGUUUACCUCCCGCCAAACUCCAGUCCGAGUCCCUGUGCUCACUGCUGGGAGACACCUGCCAUCUCCACAGGGGCCUGAUCCGACUUUUGGAGACCUGACGUGGACCACUCUGCGUUGCGUUGGGCCACCUUUGCCGCUCUGCUCUGGUCUGGUCCCUUCUGGUUUGACCCUUUCAGUCAAUUUCCGCCCACUGCAGCCCAGCAUCAUGCUGCGUAGCUGUUGAGAGGUUCCUUCACCUUGCGCGCCAUGACCUCCAUCAUCGACGGAGCGACCCCCGCGCCUAAGCAGAUCCGCUUCGUCCACAACCAAGGCCAGCCACCAUCUAAGAGACGUAGAAUCAACGCCGCAUGCUUGACCUGUCGCAAACGAAAGACGAGAUGCGCCGGCGAGCGCCCAGUCUGCUCGACCUGCUCCAAGAACGGGCAUACAUGCUUGGGCUACAACGAAAUCAUUGAGAAGAAAUCUUCGGGUGGCGAUGGCGCCACCCGGGACCCCCACCAUGACGACUACAACGACAACGACAAUGAUGAAGCCGAGGACGAGAACGACAACGGCGAACCCCACCAACAUAUCCGCGCUCGCGAUGGAGAAGAAUACCACGACGAGAAACGAUACGGCAAGGUGAACAGAAACGCCUCUCGCUCCUUCCUGUCCAACUCAAAGCCAGACGAUGCUUCACGGAGGAGUCCUGAUGCCGCACCCGGUCGCUCGCCGACCUUUCUGCGACGGUCAUCAGAACACAGCGCUCGCGAGCAAGAUCAACCUUCGCGACACCGACGCCCCUCUUAUCCUCGGACGACGUCUUUCUCGGACGACGCUCGCAGCCUACAUAGCCGCUCCCCCGUCUCGCAUCACACCGAACGUCACAGGGUGCCAUACUUCCGCUACUUCGGGCCUACGGCCAUUGUCCCAGGUUAUAAGCAGAUGGUCGUCUCCGUUCGGGACCGGAGACGGAGUACAGGAGGUUCAGUCGUUGCUACAUCGCCAAGCUCCGGUUCCAGUGUGAUCCAACCCAUGGGCAUGGCCUUGUCGAGCAUGCCUCCGCACGACGAGGAGAUUGCUUCCAAUGAGGACCUGCCCGUAUACGACCCCAACGAUACUGCGCCGGUCCAUCCCCUGAUUCUCCACCUGGUCAAGACAUUUUUUCUACAUCUGGGCUGCAACUACCCCUUUUUGAAAGAGGAAAGGUUCGUUCGCAUGGUCAAGGAAAAGAGGGUUGAACCAAUUCUCGUCGAUGCCGUCUGUGCAUUGUCCGCUCGGUUUUCCGACUCGGCACAGCUUGGACAUAACAAUAAAGACGAGGAGGCCUCGCACGCAGAGCAAGGCCACCACUACGCCCAAAGAGCCAAGGCUGCGACCGUCGACACUUUUCCCUGUCCGUCCGUCGGCGCAGUCCAAGCGCUUCUUAUGAUGGCGUACGAAGGUUUCGGCGCAGACCAAGACAGCGCUCUGUGGAUGUACCUGGGUCUUGCUAUCCGCAUGGCCGUGGACCUCGGCUUGCAAAAGAUGGUGGGUGUAAGGUACCAAGGCGAAAGAGACCCUUGGUACACCCGCCAUGGUGGCCAAACAGGCAGUGAUGCUGGAGCAGACGAAGAGCCGCAAGAAGACGAAAGCAGUCUCACACGAGAGGAGCAGCUCGAAGUUGAACAGGAGCGCACCGAUACCUUCUGGGCCGUUUUCAUCCUCGACAGAGUCAUUUCAUCUGGGACUGGCAGACCUGUGACCAUACGUGACGAUGAUUUUGAACUGGCUCUGCCGGAGCCAACGCUCGACCCGGCUUCUGGAUGGCCCGCCCCUUUCCCCGUCUUUAUCCAGAUCAUCCAUCUGUAUGGCCGCGUUUCGGACGUCUUGAACAAUAUCCGCAACGCCAAGGACAUCACGCCGGACAAAUGGGCCAGGCUGGCCCGUAUGGAGCACGAGUUGACCAGGCUUUAUCAAAAGCAGGAUCCCCGGCUUCACUUCAGCGUUUCCAACUUCAAAACGUAUCUGAAGUUGGGCCAAGGGACGAACUUCAUCCUCCUGCACUUUUGGUUCCACGCCCUCAUCAUCAUACUGCACCAACCCACUCUCUUGACCCCCUUUGGCUCGCUGAGCCGUACUCAUCAACUGCUCCCCAACAGUCGUGAGCUGUCCAUGUCCAGCGCCAAAACUAUCGCUGACAUCCUGGCGUUCGCUGAGCUCAUCGAUCCAAAGAGCUUCAUCGGCAACCCUUUCACAUCCCAGCCCAUGUAUAUCGCCGCCUGCGCCUUCCUUAUGGAAUCUAUCGCCAAUGCCUCCAACCCUACCUCACGAGAGACGUCCCCCCCAGUGGCGGAGCUCAAGACGGAAGGCCAGAAGCAGAAGCCAUCGUCGCAUGAACACAGGGCAUCCACAAAACACUCCCUCCUGGCUUCGGCCGCCAACCAGAACUACUCCCGUUGCUAUAAGUCACUGCAACAACUGCACAAGUACUGGGGCGGCGUCAAGUACAUCCUCACGGCACUUGACCAGAAGUCCAAGGGCAUCUGGGAUUGCGAGACAUACACCAACGAGGAAUACGAGAGCACGAGACUGCCUCGCCGUGGCUCCAUCGGCGGCCGAUUCCCGUACCCUGCUUCGCCCAACAUGCCUCCCAUUGCAUGGUCCUUGACCGGCACGACGAACUCGCCCAACUCGAGCCUUACGCUCAUGUACCAGAACAUGCAUGCCGGGGCAUCUGGUCAUCCCAACUUUGCACAGUCGCAGACAUCCAACAUUGCCGCUUCUGCACCUACUCCUCCUGGGAACAUGAUCUACGACCCUAUCCGACAGAGCCUGCCCGAGACGGCAUCUCAGUCCAUCUUUGCCACCGCCUAUCCGCAGCCAAUAACAUCUGCCAUGCGUCAGUCGACUCGGCAGUACCGACACCAGCGCCUGUCAACAACAUCGAUGGACAGCCCGCAUGGGCAAGGGAGAGCCCAUCAGCGGUUUGAUAGCAUACACGAGGAGGGGACAUCGUCUCCCGUAGGAAAUGCCGGCUCGAUGCUCGCGACGUCUUCUGCCGCACAACAAACGGCAUCAUUCACGCCUUCAUCUCACAGCUCGACGAAUUUCGAGCAUCACAUGAUGCCCUCCGCAUCUCCGUCUGGUACCAUGCAUGAUGCGACAUCGCGACAACACCACAACGGACAGCAAAUCGCGUUCGACCCAACAUAUGCAAACGCAACCUACUCGUACCUCGGCCAAGGCAUGGGCCCCAUCACAGACGUCAUCACCUUUGAGAACCCGAUUGAUAUUGGUGCGUUGGGUCUGCCGAACGAGAUGAUGCCGCCGUGGUUGGAGUACUUGCCUGGUGAUGUCCUGAGCCUAUUUGAGAACAACGGUAUGGAUCCAGGCUCUUGAUUUCUGUCAGCAAGUGCCUGCACUGGUAGUAGUAUCCAACUUCAGGCUCAUAUUUCACUUGUCCUCUUCAGGGCGACGUUGGCCUAUUUUCCCUCCGCACCAUAUCGUCUACAGUCAGACGAUGAUUUGUUCCUCGUAUUGGACGCAGUGUGUACAUAUUUGGGUUACGGCCUUCACGGCGUUGGCGCAGGGAAAAGGCAUGGCGUGCGGACGGUGUCUGGAUUCUUCCCGACCAACCUAACGAUAACGACACAAAAGCUAAGGGGGGGCUGCAAAGGAGCUUUUUGGGAGCACAUGUUAUGGUCCUCACCAUCGGUGUAUAAUAUAUCUGUCGAGUAAUUGGAGCCCAGCGAUACCGUGGUAGAGCCAUCGUCAUUCGAGUGCCAUUUUCUACCUAGCUUGCUUCCUUAGCCCCGGUCCGGGGGUGGAACCGAGUCGAGAGGGACAACGGGCCCGGAGCCGGAUCAAUCUUUGCGGCUGGAAGUGGGCUGCGCUACGC